UGGCAUUCCUUUUUCUCCUUGCAGGCACAUGUGGGAGUGUUAGAGAGAGGCUUGCAAUCUUGGAUCUGCUUUCCUGUCGCCCGUGUAGUAGAGAAAACAGCGCAAGCAAGCAGCGCCCCCUUCUCGUCUGUCAUCACCAUGGCUGAAGAUAAACCCUUGGCGGUCGUGACCUGCACAGCCCCUGUUAACAUUGCGGUGAUAAAAUACUGGGGGAAGCGUGAUGAAGAGCUGAUCUUGCCUAUUAAUUCUUCCCUAAGUGUCACCCUGCACCAAGAUCAGCUGAAAACCACGACAUCAGCUGCCAUCAGCCGGGACUUCACUGAGGACCGCCUCUGGCUCAAUGGGAAGGAGGAUGAUAUUGGUCAGCCACGCCUCCAGUCAUGCCUACGAGAGAUACGCCGUCUGGCGAGGAAGCGGCACAGUGGUAACGGUAACAGCGGUGACAGCAGCAGCCGCCGCUCUUCCCUCAGCCUUGCCUACAAGGUCCACAUUGCCUCAGAAAACAACUUUCCCACAGCGGCUGGGCUGGCCUCUUCUGCAGCUGGGUUUGCCUGUCUGGUCUACACGUUGGCCAAGCUCUAUGGUGUGGAGGGUGAGCUCUCUGAAGUGGCUCGGCAAGGCUCCGGAAGUGCCUGCCGAAGUAUGUUCGGGGGCUUCGUGCAGUGGGUCAUGGGGCAAAACGCCGAUGGCAAGGACAGCAUUGCCCAGCAGGUGGCGCCGGAGACGCACUGGCCGAAGCUGAGGGUGUUGAUCCUGGUGGUGAGUGCGGAGAAGAAGCACGUGGGCAGCACGGCAGGCAUGCAGACUAGCGUGAAGACCAGCCUCCUGCUGAAGCACCGCGCUGAGGCUCUGGUUCCGGAGCGCAUGUCCCAAAUGACCCAGCAUAUCCAGCAGCGGGACUUUGAGGCCUUUGGGGAGCUGACCAUGAAGGACAGCAACCAGUUCCACGCGACCUGCCUGGACACUUUCCCACCCAUCUUCUACCUCAAUGACAUCUCCAAGCAAGUGGUUGCCCUGGUGCAUCGCUACAACGCCCAUUGCGGCAAGACCAAGGUGGCUUAUACGUUUGACGCUGGCCCAAAUGCAGUUCUCUUCAUGCUGGAUGACACGGUGGACGAGUUUGUGGAUGUGGUGAAGCGCAGCUUUCCACCGGAGAACAACGGAGGCCAGUUCCUGAAAGGUCUGCCUGUGGGGUCAGCAACACCCUCUGAGGAGCUGCUGUCAGCUGUGGUGAGGGAUCCCACGCCAGGAGCGAUCCAGUAUAUGCUGCUCACCAAGCCGGGGCCAGGACCAGCGCUGGUGGAAGAUGCAAGCUGUCAUCUCCUGGGGGCAGACGGGUUGCCCCGAAGCAGCAGCUGAGCUGGGUCCCAUUUCUGGGGCUGCUCCACACCCCACUCGGGGCCAAGUGACUGGGCAGGAGGACUGUGGAAACAUUUGGGCAGGAAGCACUGCCUGAAGACCAGUGGCAUUUGUUAGUUGGGGAAUGGGAAGAGGCUGUGUCUUUAUGGAAAAUACGAAAUGGAUGAAUAUCUGGCGGUUAUUUGCAUAGGGUGCUUUGCCUUGCCAUUCUUUCAGUGGUGGCGGUGGUGUUGUCUAUUGUAUUAUUUCAGGGACUCCUGCCAGCCAAAAUCCUCACAGGAAGGACUUCCUCUUUUCUCCGUGCCCCGCAAGCCUUUUUCUGACCUCUUGGGGCUGGAGCUUCUUCCCCUGUAGCUCAGGACUAGGCAGAAGGUUGAUUGUGCUAGCUCGUUGGCCAGUUUCUGUUGCACUUCUGUGGGCAUCUGGGAUUCUUGCAGAGAAUGUUAGACUCUUGCAGGCCUCAGUCUCUGAUCCGGCAAGACACCUGCUGUUAUCAAGGGUAUGUGUACACAUCAUGAUCAAUGAACAAAGAUGAGUUAUGCCUUAACUGCUAAGAGUUUCUGAGGAACUGAAAAUGUUAAAGCACAGCUGGCAAACUUUGCCCUUAUUUCGCUAGUCUGUUCUAUUACAGCUAGGGUUAACUUAUGCCAGGGGUUGCCAAUGGGGUGCUAGGGGCUAGAUUCCUUCCCUAGCACCCACAAAGCCUCUAAGCCCCCAUUCACUACUUGCUUACUUGCUUAUGAGUCCAUGGUGGGUGGUUACCUUUUUCUCUCUUGAAAAAGGUACAUAAAACUGAAGGAGGAAGUCAGAAGACUGACAAUCUUUCUCACUUCCUCUUUCAGCUCCAUUGCUUUUCUAGGCUCCAAUUAUAAUUCUACUGACUCUUAACCUGGGUCACUUGAAAAAGUGCCGUGUGCCCACAAGCACUCUUUCUCUCACAGGGCGAGGUGGGAAGUGCCUAGAGGGGAUGGCACCCACCCAAGCUGCUAAAAAAAAAGUGGGGGCUUGCUUUUUUUAGAAAAUGCAAUUGUGGGGAGAGGUGUUAAUGGUUGCCUGGUAUUCAAGUAAGCUCAAGUAUAUCCCCCUCAGCAUCUUUUGCCUCUUAAUGUUUUCUUUCCAAUCCUGUUGGCUGGUUUUAUACCGCUGUCUUUUAUACAAGAUCCCAUUUGGGUUUUCCCCACUAAGGUUUAACUUUCAUUUCUGCAGAAUGUCAUUUUUAACCUGUGGUUUUAAAAAUAAAUGAAAGUCAUCUUCUGAA